AUGGAUCCUGAUAGUGCUUCAGGUCCAAAUGGAUUUUCAGCCAAAUUUUAUCAAAGUUGUUGGUCUAUUAUAUCUCAUGAAGUGGUUCAGGCUAUGGAGGCUUUCUUUUGUGGAGCAAAUUUACGAAAAUGGCUCACACACACUUGCAUUGUGAUGUUGCCUAAAGUCUCAUCCCUUUUUGUUAGUCUAUGCAAUGUCAUUAGUAAGAUCUUUGCAAAAGUUCUAAGCACCAGACUCAACAGUAUAGUGCCUAGUAUAAUAAGCACUAAUCAGAGUGGUUUUAUCAAGGGAAGAUCUAUUACAGAAAACAUUCUUCUAGCCCAAGAGAUUAUUCAAGAUAUUGAGAAAACUGAUGAAAAAGGAAAUGUGGUGCUGAAAUUGGACAUGGCCAAAGCAUAUGACAGAGUGUCUUGGCCAUACUUAUGCAUUCUAAUGAGAAAGAUGGGUUUUUGUGAGCUGUGGAUUGAUCUGAUUUACAGGCAUAUAUCAAACAACUGGUAUUCUCUGAUUAUCAAUGGCACCAGACAAGGUUUUUAUAUGAACAAAAAAAGUCCUAAAACUAAUCAUUUAGCCUUUGCUGAUGACAUUAUUCUAUUUUCCGGUGGUGCGGGAAAUCUCGACAAGUUGAUGGAAACACUUCAAACUUAUGAAGAAGUGUCUGGUCAGCUGAUAAACAGGCAUAAAUCUUCAGUUUCUCUAGCAAGUAAUGAAGAGCAAGGAGCAAUCAACAGGGUGGAAUUGAUCACUGGAAUGGUUCACAAGAACUUUCCAAUAAAAUACUUGGGAUGCCCAUUUUUCAAUGGAAGGAAGAAUGCAGCAAUUUUUUCUGAAAUUAUGAGCAGAGUUUUAAGCAAAAUCAAUGGAUGGCACACUAGAUUCUUGUCAAGUGGUGGAAAAUCAGUGUUAAUAAGACAUGUUUUAUUAGAACUACCAAUUCACAUGUUAGCAGCAGUGCAUCCACCAAAGAGUGUUAUGAACCAAAUGGAGAAGAUGCUCAACAAAUUCUUUUGGGGAGGAUCAGAGGAGAAGAACAAUUAUCACUGGUCAUCAUGGGAUAACAUGUGUUACCCUUAUGAAGAAGGAGGAGCUAAAUUCAGAAAAUUCAGGACACUUGUAAUGCUUUUACCACCAAACAAAGGGUGGAGAACAAAACGGGGUCAAUCCCUAUGGAAAGAUUUCCUGUUGAACAAGUAUUGCCAAAGGAUCCACCCUGUAGUGAAAAGAUGGUAUUCAGGGAAUUCUCAUUCAUGGAAUGCUAAGUGUAAGAUCAAGAUAAAGAUGGAUAAUCAUAUCCUAUGGAAGAUAGGGAAAGGUGACAUUGCAAUCUGGUCUGACAACUGGACAAGCCUUGGGUCCUUUGUGAAUUACCUUCCUGAAGAUAGAAAACCAAGGAAUCAAAAACUUUCUGAAGUUUUGUUAAUAGUCAAUGGAGAUGGGAUGGAUGGGAUUUGCUACUACCUAAUGAGAAUUCCUCAAAAUGAAGAGUUAGAUCAUCUUUUCUAUGUAGCACAAUUUGCUACUGAAAUAUGGAGUAUUAUAUUUGAUCCAGUGGGGAUUCCUUUUACUAACAAAUCUUACAGGCAAUUAAUCACCACCUGGUGGCAAUGGAAGUUCAAGAAUCCUAUUCAAACUCUAAUUGGGAGAAUCAUGCCUUCUAUCAUUACUUGGGAAAUCUGGAGAACUAGAUGUGGAGCAAAGUAUGGCAAAGAAAGGCCUAAUAUUAGAAUUUCCUUGGAAAAGAUAGCAUUUAUCAUUGCUCAAGUUGUACAGGGACAGUUCAAAAGCAUUCAUCCAGAACCAGACUGGUACAAGAUAAUUCAAGUCAUGGAAUUCAAUUUCAGCUGCAGGACCACAACUAUGGUUAAAUGGAUCAAGCCUCCAAGUAGCUUUGUAAAGCUUAGCUCUGAUGGGAGUUGUAAAGAUGGGAAAUAUGGAGGUGGAGGUGUUAUCAGAGACUAUGAGUGGCAUCUUAUGUGUGCUUAUACCCUCAAGUUGGGACAAGGAACUAGUAACUGGGAAGAAUCUGUAGCUUUACUUUUUGGAGUAAAAUGGUGUAUUCAAAAUGCUUAUGAAUACAUCAUUGCAGAAAGUGACUCAAAAAUCUUGGUGGACAGUGUCAAUGAAGCAAUUUCUAUCCCAUGGAGGAUGAUUAAGGAAGUGGAAGAGCUGAGGCAGUAUAUAGAACAAACUGAUUUUAUCAUGCAGCAUUGCUACCGUGAAGGGAACAAAGUUGCAGAUAAAUUAGCUGCUCUAAGCCAUGGCAACACUAACAAUCAAACAUAA